AUGCAGUUUGGUACAGAUGAGUUCUGCACAGCCCGCAUAGUCCUAAGGCUCGCGAACUGCUCGCAAAACAGCCUAAAAGCCCACCUCCAGAAUCUCGAAGUACGCCUCGAUGCCUUUGCAAUCGAUCCGGCGGAGGCCGUCGCCGAGAAUCCAACACCGACUCGUGAUCUGAUUUUCUCAGGGGCCGCGGACACACAGGCCGAUCCUUUAGUCGUUGUCAACGAAUUCGAAGGUGAAACCGGAGGGGGAAACCAUGUAUACGUUAUAUGGAAUAUUGAGACAUUUCUCAAGCGUCCGCGUAUUCGCAUCCAACACCCCUCUGUAAUCUUCAUUGCCUCUGCUAGUCUUAACCCAGCGAAUACUCGACAGCAUGACGCCCGUGAAGAUGUAUACCUCCCGUCUUUGGUGCCCGCUUCCACCAAUGUCUUGCAACCUCUCACAACAGACCCCGCGUUUGAUCAACAAGAACCUUUUCUUCCAGCGUCGAGGCUUCUGCGAGUCGUGCCGGCGAAAUACAGUGAUGACCCUAUAUACCAUGUGCUUCAAGAGUCAGGCCACCCGACACGCAUCGUACCAGCUGCCAGUGCAAGAAUACGCUAUUCCAGGCUGAAUUCAUUUUGCGGACGGCCAACGACCAUCGCUAGCCUUGAUUUCGAAGUCACGCCGUUCUUGACUUGUGAAGUGAUAUUUGAUAAAGCAGAUCUUCGGUUGUCAAAUGGUUUUAUCGAGAUGCUGACGAACGGGCCCGGGCUAGUGCCACCUGUUACAUGCUCCCCUCGAGAUGAUGUUACCCUGAUAUACAAAUUGACUCCGGAAUCUGGGCCAGACUCAAGAGAUUCAACUACAGUGUCUGUGAGCUCGCUGGACAUAUCCCUUGAAGCGGUUAUCAAAGUGUCAGAAAACUGUAACCCUCGAAUCCUAAUGCAAUGGACAACCAAUAUCGAUUUCUCAAUGGCGCUUAACCCAAAUUUUGGUGCUCCCAGCCAGGCCCUGCAGCGGACAAAUCGUCCUACAAGCCUAUCCACUUUUCCAAGUCAGGGUGGUGCUAUGUCCGGAGGAUCCCAGGUGAACCGGACAUCUUUGAGAGAGAGGGCUUAUUCUGCAACCGAUCUCGGUGUGACCAUGUCAUUCUCGGGUCCACCAAGUGUGGUAGUGGGCAAACCUUUCUCAUGGAGCGUUUUCAUCGUCAACCGUUCCUCUGCACCUCGGAAGUUUGCCAUGGUUGCCAUUCCCAGGAGAAAGGUACCAAACGCUAGAGGGCACGUGGCGCGACCAUCGUCCUCGUCAAUGUCGAACCGCCGGAGCGAUCAAGUGGCUGAAGCAGUGACCGACGAUAAUAUUGUGCAUGCAAUGCAGAAGAGUGUGGCCGGACAGGAAGCGGACCUUGUCAGUCUGAGUACCGACGUUCGUGUUGGCCCAUUAUUACCAGGCACUUGUUUCGCAACUGAACUGAAGUUUCUUCCCCUUGCGGUUGGUUCCUUACGGCUGGAAUCAAAAUGUGAUUUCUCAGUUGAAUUCGACUGCAUACAUCAAGAGGCUUUGAGUAACAACCAACCGAAGACUUGUGUUGCCAGUUACUCUGAAACAUGA